AUGGGUAAGACCCUCAGCUAUAGUGACCUGGAUCGACUGGCCGGCCACAUGGGCGCUUAUCUGCAGCAUGAGCUGAAGCUUACGCCCGGCGACCGUAUUGCCAUUAUGCUGCCCAAUCUUCUGCAAUAUCCGGUAAUACUGUUUGGCGCGCUGCGGGCAGGCCUGACAGUUGUCAAUACUAAUCCGCUUUACACCGCGCGGGAGCUUAAGCACCAGCUGAAUGACUCUGGCGCUAAGGUGGUACUGGCGCUGGAGAAUUUCGCCGGCACCCUGGCCAAGGCCCUGCCUGACUCUCAGGUUGAGUACGUGAUGCUCACCAGCGUUGGCGACUGUCUGGAUUUUCCUAAGCGCUCCAUUGUCAAUUUCACCGUCAAGCGAGUGAAAAAACUGGUACCGCCCUACGCCAUCCCGGGUGCGAUCUGGUUCAGGAACGCACUUGCCCGAGGCGCCGGACACCCACCGCCCAGCGCCGCGCUGAGCCAUGACCACCUGGCAUUUUUACAGUAUACCGGCGGCACUACGGGUGUUGCCAAGGGCGCGAUGCUGUCCCACGGCAAUAUUGUAGCCAAUAUGCAGCAAUCCUCAGCCUGGGUUGGCGGCGCGAUCACGCUCGGUGAGGAAGUGAUUGUAACUGCGCUGCCGCUCUACCAUAUCUUUGCAUUGACCUCCAAUUGCCUGGUCUACAUGAAAUUCGGCGCCCAUAACCAUCUCAUCACCAAUCCCAGGGACAUGGACGGUUUUGUCGAAUCUCUGGGUCAAAUUCCCUUCACCACUCUGACCGGCGUUAACACACUGUUCAACGGACUGCUCAACCAUCCGCGCUUUGCCGCGCUGGAUUUUACUACACUCAAGAUCACCCUGGCCGGUGGCAUGGCCGUUCAGAAGGCGGUGGCCGAGAAAUGGAAAGCCGUAACUGGCUGCACCCUGGUCGAAGCGUAUGGUCUCACCGAGACAUCUCCCGGCGCCUGCAUCAACCCCGUACACACCGAGGAAUAUAACGGUUAUAUCGGCCUGCCCAUCUCGUCCACCGAAGCCGUGAUCAAAGACGAAGACGGCAACAAUCUUUCGGCAGACGAGGCCGGAGAGCUAUGCAUCAAAGGUCCGCAGGUGAUGCAGGGCUACUGGCAACGCCCGGAGGAGACGGCAAAAGUCAUGACAGAUGAUGGCUAUCUUCGCACCGGCGAUAUGGCCAUGAUGACCGACGGCGGCUACUUCAAGAUUGUGGAUCGCAAAAAGGACAUGAUUUUAGUCUCUGGCUUCAACGUGUACCCCAACGAAAUUGAAGGCGUUGUGGCAUCUCACCCCGGCGUUCUUGAGGUAGCUGCAAUUGGCCAGAACGACGAAAAAUCCGGAGAGAUUGUCAAAAUCUGCGUAGUAAAAAAGGACCCGGGCUUGACUGAAAAGGCGCUGCGAGACUUCUGCAAGGAGCAGCUCACCGGCUAUAAGGUUCCGCGGGUAGUGAAAUUCAUGGACGAGUUGCCCAAAACUAACGUCGGCAAGAUUCUGCGUCGGGAGUUAAGAGAUAACCCUUAA